CGUCGCAUGAGACAGACAUCGAGUUGCGAAGCUGCCGGGUAUAAUGUUGAAUCCAUCGAAGUCAUUUUCGACGAUCAUCGACGAAGUAUCCCUCGGCGAGGAAAACACCACUUUCGUGAGGAUUUCGGUCAACCUCUUGCAGUUCGAGGCGAGACAAUUUCUUUCUCGGUUGCACAUCGAGGGUGGUUUGUUCUACCCAAGAAGGCCCCCGAGGUGAUCGAAAUCAAUGUUCACGAUAUACUAUCCAAACUGCCGACGCAGAUUUCAGACUGUGUGUAACAGGCUGAUCAUCACCCUUGGCCUGUCAUCCAGUAUUGUCUCAGAUAACGCAGGUUCCGGUCGAGACCCUAAUUUCCUACAGCCUACUGCUGAGAAACUCCUUAACCUAUUUCCUCGUUGUCGGAUACUGGUAAUCGGACAGCCCGGUGUUGGGAAAUCUACGCUGUUUAACAGAGUCUUUGGAAUCGAACAAGCAUCCGCCGAAAAUUUCGAGCCAGGACAAGCAGAUAUUGAGAAGGAACUCGUCUCACCGCAAAACGAUCGAUUGGUCUUACAUUAUAGUGACGGUUUCAAUCCCGCAGUUGACGCCAACUGUGAGGGCGUGAAGUCAUUCAUUAAAAAAACGGAAGGAGAAGGAGUACGUCAGAGAUCAGCUGCAUGCGGUCUGGCUGUGCUUCGGAACACCCAUUGUAGAAUAUGGAGAAAGAGUUCUGUACGAGGGUGCGGAGACAUUUUUGAAACGGCAUGCGAACGUUCUUCACGACAUUCCAGCGAUCGUCGUCUUCACGAAAUACGACAACCUUUUAAUUUACCUUGCAAUACAAAGAGAAAUAUAUCCAGAGGUGGCGGCGAAGGUGUAUUUACAAAGGAACUGUAUUCAGCCAAUUCAGGACCUCGUCAAAGACACAGAACUCUCAUUUGUUGCGGUCAGCUCAAGCGCCGGGCUUGAGCAAAGCUCCAUGAAUUAAUCCAACUCACUCAUGUGAAGGUCGCCGAGACUUUCGCGUCUCAGUUAGGUACACCAUUGCCAAAGUCGGCGAUGACUGCAUGUGCGCUAAGAAUGAGACCGCGUCUGAAGAUCGAGGGGUCAAUAAUCGUCGGGC